CGGGGCCAGCGUGCCCUGGUCCCAGAGCAGGGCAGGCAGAGGGGGUGACGCCCCUGGGCAGCAGGGGGCUGAGGGACCCUCAGCAGUGAGGAGAUGACCCUGGGCGGGGACUGGAGCUCAGCUCCACUGAGCCGCGGUCAUCGGUCUGUGAGCUGGGGGCGGUCUGCCGCUCGGGGCGGGUGGCUCUGGCCGGCAGUGCACCUGCGUCAGCCUCCGCCACCUGCCUGGCUGCAGACCCAGAUCCAGGAGGCUGGUGCAGCCCUGCCCCCACCAUGAGGCUGACCGGCAAGGAGAGGGUCCUCACGGCCCUGCUGGGCAUCACUGCGGCCUCGGGCCUCACCACGCUCAUUCUCAUCCUGGUGGAGGCCACCAAUGUCCUGCUGCCCACGGCCACCAAGUUCGGGGUUGUGCUGGACGCGGGCUCCUCCCACACGUCCCUCUUCGUGUACCGGUGGCCGGCGGACAAGGAGAACGACACGGGUGUGGUCAGCCAGGCCCUGGCCUGCAGGGUGCAAGGGCCCGGCAUCUCCUCGUUCGCCUCCGACCCCGCCCAGGCCGGCGAGAGCCUGCAGGGCUGCCUGCAGGAGGCGCUGGCCGCGGUCCCGGCAGCCCAGCACUCGGGAACCCCCGUGUUCCUGGGGGCCACAGCCGGCAUGAGGCUGCUCAGCCAGAAGAACAGCUCUCAGGCGGCGGGCAUCUUCGCAGCGGUCGCCCAGGCCCUGGGCCGGGCCCCCCUCAAUUUCCGGGGCGCCGAGCUCCUGCCCGGCCGGGACGAAGGUGCCUUCGGUUGGAUCACCAUCAACUACGUCCUGGGCUUGCUGGUCAAGUGCUCCUUCUCGGGAGAGUGGAUCCGGCCUCCGGAGGGGACGCUGGUGGGCGCCCUGGACAUGGGUGGGGCCUCCACCCAGAUCACCUUCGUGCCCGGAGGCCCUGUUCAGGACGAGAGCUCGCAGGCCACCUUCCGCCUCUACGGCUUCCAGCACGGCGUCUACACGCACAGCCACCUCUGCUUCGGGCGGGACCAGGCGCUGAGCCGGCUGCUGGCCCGGCUGGUGCAGAGCAGCCCCUCCAGCCUGGUCCGCCACCCCUGCUACCACAGCGGCUACCGGGACACGCUGUCCCUGGCCCGCCUGUUCGAGUCGCCUUGUGUGCAGGGCACGGCGCCCCCGCACCUGCCCCCGAACCUGACCGUGGAGGGGACCGGGAACCCCAGCGCCUGCGUCGCGGCCAUCCGGGAGCUCUUCAACUUCUCCCGCUGUGAGGGCCAGGGAGACUGCGCCUUCAACGGGGUCUACCAGCCCCCCGUGCGGGGCCAGUUCUAUGCCUUCUCCAGCUUCUACUACACCUUCCACUUCCUGAACCUCACCUCGGGGCAGCCGCUGGCCACGGCCAACGCCACUGUCUGGGAGUUCUGCCAGAAGACCUGGAGGCAGGUGGAGGAGCUCUCGGCCGGGCAGGACAGCCGGCUGAGCAACUACUGCGCCUCGGGCCUGUACAUCCUCACGCUCCUGGUGGACGGCUACGGGUUCAGCGAGCACACCUGGCCCAGCAUCGAGUUCCGCAAGCAGGCCGGCGGGACCGACAUCGGCUGGACGCUGGGCUACAUGCUGAACCUGACCAACAUGAUCCCGGCCGAGGCGCCUGCCCAGUGGCGGGCACAGAGCUACGGCAUCUGGGUGGCCGGUGUCACCUUUGUGGUGCUGACCCUCGGGGCCAUCCUGGCUGCUGCCGCGGCCCUGCUGCUCUGGCCCAGGGACUAAGCAGGAGGUCUCCUAGCACACGAGAGGCCCCACCGGCUGGGCCACCCGGCCUGGACGCCUGCGCUGGCCGGGACCUCCACAAGCCCCUGACUGUGCAGCUCCCAGGGGCUUGUCCUGUGGGCUCCGACCUCAGGACAGAGUUGCUCUGGCCAAGGAGGCGGUGCCGUGACCCCC